CGCCCGCCGGCCCCGCCCCGCCCCAAGCAGAGGGCGCAGCCCCCAGCCGGGCAGGCCCCACCCGGCGCUUGGGCAGUUAGGAGUCUUGCAGCUCCUUGAUACGCAGCGGACUCAGUUAAGGCCAAAAUACUCGCUAGCCAUGUCGGCUGCAGAGGCUGGGGGUGUUUUCCACAGAGCGCGGGGUAGGACCCUGGACGCCUUUUCCUCAGAAAAGGAAAGGGAAUGGAAAGGCCCGUUCUACUUCAUCCAAGGUGCAGACCCCCAGUUUGGACUGAUGAAGGCCUGGGCCACUGGGGACUGUGACGACGGUGGUGAUGAGUGGGAACAGGAGAUCCGUCUGGCUGAGCAAGCAGUCCAGGCCAUCAACAAACUGAACCCCAAGCCCAAAUUCUUUGUUCUUUGCGGGGACCUCGUCCACGCCAUGCCAGGGAGGCCCUGGAGGAAGGAGCAGACAGAGGACCUACAGCGGGUGCUCAGGACCGUGGACAGCGACAUCCCACUGGUGCUGGUCAGCGGCAACCACGACGUGGGCAAUAUCCCCACCCCCGAGACCAUCGCGGAGUUCCAGCGGACUUGGGGAGACGACUACUUCAGCUUCUGGGUCGGGGGUGUCCUGUUCCUCGUUCUCAACUCCCAGUUCCUGUACGACGCCUCCAGGUGCCCCGCCCUGAAGCAGGAGCAUGACCACUGGCUGGACCAGCAGCUGCGCACCGCAGGGCAGCGCGCCUGCCGGCACGCCGUGGUCUUCCAGCACAUCCCGCUCUUCCUGCAGAGCAUCGGCGAGGACGACGACUACUUCAACCUCACCAAGUCCGUGCGGAAGGAGAUGGCAGACAAGUUCGUGGAGGCAGGUUCACCUCGCAGUCGAUUGCUCUCCUCCCGAGUGGCCCCUUGCUAUUCCACCAGGCAACCCCUUCAUGUGUGAACAGGCUGCUCUUCUUGGUCACUGGCCUUGCAUUCUUCCCCUAGACCUGCUCAACCAGGGAGAAGCAGAAAGAAGGGUGCCCUUCCUGCAGUCACCUGCCAGUUGACAUGGCUUCUCAAACCAGGCUUUUUGCCUAAUGACCUUUCAAACUCAGAACAAGCCACAGGCACCGCUGGGCAGAGAUAUAGAUCAGAUGUAGUCGCAGCUCCAUGGCAGCCUGCAUGGCCUCCUGGGUUUGGGAGCACAGGUAGGUGGGCUGCCAUGGGGAAUGCAGGCCCCCACGACUCAGUGAUGCAGGAGAUCGCUCAGGUCACAGCCACGUGAUUCUGGAACUCAUUUCGGAAAGCCAGCAGUUCAAGUGACAUUUUGUGAAAUUCAUUAACUUAAAGACCAUGAUCAAAUUGGGGGUGAUGAUGACAGAUGGUAUUUAAUACUGCUCCAGCUUUUUUAUCCCCCACAGCAAUAUUAUUCCCAAAUACUAUUCCAGUCUCAUUUAUCUCCAUGUGCUAAAAUGCCAGUCCUCAAAAAUAUGUCAAAAGCUCAUCAGAAUAUCAGGGUAGUUUUUAAUUAUGAUAAUUGUGUUGUUAUAAAAUAUCCUUUUAAAGAGCACACCCCUCCUCAAACCACCACUGGGAGGUAACACCCAGCUUCCUUCCAGCAAGCUUAAUGAAUAAUUCUGAAUCAUUGUGUGGGAUGAAUAAAUGAUUUAAUAAUGAGCAUCAACAAUCAUCUCACAUUGUGGCAUUAAUUUCCUAAGUGGGAUGAGGUAAAUGAGGAGGAGGGGUGUCGCUAUACAACAGGCCACCGCCUGUGUAGGGAUGUGCUCCGUGAAUCAAAGCCUUGAGCUUCCGAGCUCAGGUUGCCCUAGAAACGGAUGCAUUCUGUUUCUCCUUUUGAAGCUCAAAAAAAAGAAAAAAAAAAAAAGUCUUUGUAUGAUCUGGAAAAGUUAUCAGUAGCCAGGACAAAUAAACAGUUUCCAGGGCAGGACAGUUGCACAGGUGUGAAGCGGCACUGUUAUUUCCCGUCUUCGUUCGCUCUGCCUGAGGAUAGUUGAUUUCAUCACAUCCACA